AUCAUGUUUCUCCCGCCGUACUCACCUGAGUUGGAUCCCGUAGAGGAAGCCAUCCCAAGCAUUAAAUCGUGGAUUCGUUGCAUCAAUGACCAUUUCACAACAUGUGUAGAUGGCGGUUUAUAUGACUUACGCGAGGUACUAGACGUUUUCGUAGCGGAUGAUGCCGAUGGUUAUAUUCGCCAGUCGAGCUAC